CAGAGCUUUCGUGUCGCGAGACUUAACUUGACCGAUUUGACAGCCUUGAUAACGUUGAUGUAGUCUUGACACAUGACACGGUGCGUGGAAUAGAAAUAAGUCCUCCAAAUGUCCAGAAAGCGCGUGUGCUAACGGUAUUAUUUGGAUGAUUCAUUGCUGAGCAGAGGUGGUAACAGCCUCUAUUAUAACAGCUAUAUAAAUGGAUGAAAGUAAAGUGGGAGUUUUGUUGAGAAAACACAUCGACAUGGAGGAUAUCAAGUUCAAGUUCUUAUCGCUGAUUCACAAGCAGAAUCAGGCUAAGAUCCCGUCAAUGGGAUUGAAUCCCGAUCUCCUCAACCCAAUCGAAUCUCAAGGCCUUAACGACAUUCAGUCCGAUGCUAGUCAUUCGACUGAAAGCGAGCUGCUUCCCGAUCAAGACAUUCUGGAAUCCAUAGAAUCUGUGUAUUACGAGAGCGAUGACUGCUUUGAUUGUUGUCGUCAUGAGUUACAGAAACUUCCCGAAGUUCUGAAUUCUAAAGUAAUCGAAAGAGACUACAAAAGGCUUAAACAAGAGCACCAAGUUGUUUCUAAAAAAGUGUUACAGCUAAUAUUGCAAAAGCAAAGCUUAUGCCAAAAGGAGUUCGAAAGAAUCUUGUACAUUCAAGAAGAACUUCAAAAUGCCUUGGAAAUUUGCCGAACUGGAAGGACGGAUUUAAGCCUUGCUAAAAAACAGUUCACCACUGCUAGUCUUGGGAUUUUGGCUAACUAUCAAAAGAAACAAGUCGUUCAAGGGCUUCUGCAUAGUUUAAACACCAUAAAAACCUUACAACGAACAGAGGACCGCCUUCAGGAACUUCUGAACGAAGGGAAUUACCCAGGAGCAAUAUCGCUGCUCCUUGAAUGCCAAAGAGCUGCUGAGAGAUAUAAACAUUUUCAUUGCGUAGCCGCACUGAAUGGGAAACUCCAGGACACCUUGGAACAGGCGGAAGAAACUCUGGAUCAAACGCUGGCAAAAAUGUGUACAGAAUUUGAAGUUGGGACGUAUUUGUCUGUCCAAGGAGCGUACAGACUUCUAGGAAAAACACAGACGGCAAUGGACCAACUUCACAUGCACUUUACAGCAGCUAUUCAUAACGUUGCUUUUAUGGCAGUUCACGCUUUCACCGGUGGUGACACAAAGAGGCCUUAUAAACAGCUCUGCCAGUCAGUCUCGCACGAGACAUUUCUACCUUGUUUAAUCGAACUGUGCAAGUCUCUCUGGGCCAUUUUAAUUUCCUAUUGUCAAGUUGUCAAUUGGCACAAUACGCAUGAAAGCUGGUCAGAUGAGACUGAAGAAAAAGAUCUAGAAGCUACCUUUAAUAAACAGUAUGUUAAGCAAAAGCUGGAAAAUGGAAUGUCCAGAAUGUGGCACGAUGUAGAAACCAAAAUAUCCACGUAUUUGUUGGGCGCUGAUUUGGCCUACUUCAAGUUUGAGCAGUUUGUACAAAUUUUGGGAAUCGUUCAUAGGUUAAUCGAAGUUGGGGAAGAGCUCUGCUCAAGUCAGUCAGAGAAUCUCCAAGAAUCAAUAAGAAAACAGUGCUCUUCCUACUUCGCUCAUUACCACGCGUCUCGAUUAGACGAGUUGAAGAUAUUUUUGGAAAAUGAUGGCUGGGAACUUUGUCCUGUUAAGCCAUCGUUCGUUGUCACGCAACUGCAAGAAUUUAAAAGCUUGAAGACUGUCCUCAAUAGUUGUAAGCCUCGCAAUAGCCCUGACGAAUCUACCUUGAGUCAGGAUGGUAGUUCUGUCAUUGGAGGACUGGUCCAAAGAUAUUUGGAUAACGGUGUAACACCCUUUGAUGUUAUCCUGGAUGAAGCUGCUGACGAAGACAUUUUGGCCAACAUUGGAGAUGCACCUUCUGGGUAUUUUUCAGACGAUUCUGACGACGACAUUCUGGAGGAACUGAAAUGUGAUUUUGUAGAUGAGCCCGACCAAUCGAAACCCUCGAAAAAAAAACAUAAACAACAAUUUGCUGGGCCAAUGGUAACAAACACAACGUUGAGUGUGCUCAGAGUUUGUGGAAAGUAUCUACAAAUGUCAAGAUUAUUUAGAUCCAUUGCUGUUACUGUUAUUCAAAAUAUGACACAAUUCUUUGAACUGUGUCUUUACACUGUACACAUGUUCUUCACUUCGGAUCUGCAAAUAAACAGCGACACGUUGUACACUCCAAAAUUAAAGUUGACCUUGGCUCGAAUACGCGAGACUUUGAUGGCAGACAGUGCAGUUACGACUGAGAGUGGAGCUCAGUCACAUAAAGUAACACAACCGUGUCUCUCUUCGAUAGUGAACUUGACUCAGCCAGAAAAAAUUCAUGGCUUGAUGAAAAGAGUGAUAGCCGUUGAAUCUCUGAUAUUUUUGGGACAGCAGUACGAAAUUUUGAGGCCUUAUUUGGAGCACCUAGUAGCUUCUCCCUGCCACGGAUUUCUUCAUCAAUUCUAUUCCCAAACGAUUGCAGCAGCUACAGAUCUCCGAAAACCUGUUUACAUGGCUGCUGCAUCUCAGUCCUUCGAUGUUGGCGGUAUAUUAACGCUGAUGUCGAAAGUUAAUUGGGAAGUGAGAGAUGUUAUGUCACAGCACAGCAGUUAUAUUGACAAUCUAUUAAGGGACAUUCAAAUUUUAAGCAUGAGGCUUGAGGAAAUUGGGAACAGAAUACCACUUCCUAUAAUAGUGUACAAUUCAGUGUGGGAAAAUGUUGCUCACUUGAUCACACACACUUUAGUCGAAGGUUUCUCGAAUGCAAAGAAAUGUUCAAAUGGAGGCAGAGCCUUGAUGCAGUUGGAUUUUACCCAAUUAAUGUCGAAGUUUGAAAAAUUAACAUCUCUGCGACCUAUGCCGCACAGAGAAUACGUCGAGGCAUACGUCAAGGCUUAUUAUUUGCCUGAAAACAUAUUGGAAGAGUGGAUAAAGCAACAUAAGGAAUAUUCUACAAAACAUUUGAUUGGUCUUAUAUCGUGCGGAUGUCAAAACAACAAAAAAACCCGACAGCGAUUAAUAUCCAUCAUAGAGGAGGAACGACCGAGCAGAUAACAACAAGCCGUAUGAUCAAUAACUGUAAAACGAAGUUGCAAUAGAAUUAUAAAAUUUGAAUAUUAUCGAAUUGCUGCUCUGCUAUAAUUAUAAUAUAAAUCUGACACAAUUAUUGUGAUACUUAAGUUGUCAAUACUGUUAUGUAUAUGUUGUACAGUUUCUUUAACUGUUAGGUAAAAAACACAUUCUAGCUUUACAGCAAAUAUUUCGCAAAUCGGUGCAUAUCAUUACUUAAUGAUACUUACAUUCUGUGUGGAACACCGAUAUGAAUCUCUAAUUUGAACAUGUGCGAGUAACGGUUGUUAAAUAUUUUUGGAUUGUUUGAGAAAAGAUUUAAAUGGAAGAGGUAAAAUACAGACGGGAGGCUUAUAGAUAUAAAAAUAAUUGAACUGGUUUCGAUUUUCGAAUCCAAACCGUGACAAAAUCUCCCUACUGGCAAGUUACGAUGUAAUCUCAUUAAACUCACGUUGGAAAAGUUAUUAUCUCUUAUGUACAUUGUUUAUACGAUUCUUUACUAUGAAUUUUUAAUCCCUAAAAAGUGAAAUAAAGACAUAUUUGUAGGUA